AUGUCAUCCAAUACGUGUCUAAGAGAUUCUCUUUUGUGUCCUGUAUGCCUCGACUUAUUUGUUGAACCUCGCAUAUUGCCUUGUUCACAUACGUUUUGCUCAGCCUGUUUACGUCCAACACCAACCCCACUAACAAAUUUUCUUCUCAUUUGUCCAGUAUGUCGGUAUUAUACAUUCAAUCGUUUAAUACCACUGAAUCGUAUUGUUCGCACGUUAGUUGAACAAUAUAAACAACAGUAUAUUCGAGAUAUUGAUGAUAAUGAUCAAGAACGAGAGCAAUUAUUUGCCAAAUGUUUUAUAUGUAAAAAAUGUCAACAUCUCAAAUUAUGUUGGCAUUGUGACACGUUACUAUGUGUUCAUUGUCAUGAACAACAUGAUAACAAUUGGAAAAAUGCUCAUUUCGAAAUGACACGUUUAUUAUUAAGUAAAAUUUAUUCGAUAACAUUUGAAUUAAAAUGUAAUAAAAUUCGACAAAAACUAUCGAAUAUAACAGAUGAUGAUGAACAAUAUUUGAAUGAUAUUGAAAUGAAAUUAAAACAAAAUGAACAAUAUUUAAAUUGUAAAAAUGAAGCACAAAAUCGAAAACAAUAUCAUGACUAUGAACAAAAAUUAAAAACAAUUUCAAAUGAUCUACAAUUGAUAAAUGAACGAAUUGAACAAAUUAUGAACAAAAACAAAAGUGAAUGGUAAAUUACUACUAUCCAUUCCAAAGUACAGUGCCGGUGGGCAUUUUUGAUAGGAAUGAGAUAGAGACCUACGAUUUUCGCUAUUCGAUAGCCAAGACUUGAGCGGAACUUUUCACAAGCACAAACAACUUUUAAAAAAAUUUCAAAGAUCGGAUUUCCAGAGGAU